GUAAAUAACGAAAAAAUUAUUUCUGGUAAGGAAGGAAAUUUAGAGCUUCAAUUUUGUUCGAAAUAAAGCUGAAACCGUCAGUUCGGAAAAUAGGAUCGGAAUCGACGAGAGAAAAUGGAAAUGAGAAGGGCAAAGGUGUGGGCGUUGAUGGGUUUGCUUCUAUUCAGCUGGGUCUGCGACGUCGCGUGCCUAUCACUGACCGUAAACAGCGUUGAAUGCGUCUACGAGUACGUGCUCUACGAGGGAGACACAGUGUCGGGCAACUUCGUGGUGGUCGAUCACGACAUCUUCUGGGGCUCUGAUCACCCCGGUAUUGAUUUCGUCGUGACAUCUCCUGCUGGUAAUGUAGUUCAGACUUUGAAGGGGACAUCUGGUGACAAGUUUGAUUUCAAGGCCCCAGGGAUUGGAAUGUACAAAUUCUGUUUUCACAAUCCCUCCUCUGCUGUGGAGACUGUUUCUUUUUAUAUUCAUGUUGGCCAUAUUCCAAAUGAGCAUGACCUUGCCAAAGAUGAGCAUUUGGACCCAAUUAAUGUCAAAAUUGCGGAGCUAAGAGAGGCAUUGGAGUCUGUAACAGCAGAACAGAAGUACUUGAAAGCACGUGAUACUCGACAUCGUCAUACUAAUGAAAGCACAAGGAAACGUGUUAUAGGUUACACAGUUGGAGAGUACAUUUUGUUGGGUCUUGCCAGUACACUUCAAGUUAUCUAUAUCCGCCGCCUUUUCAGCAAGUCAGUUGCUUACAACCGAGUUUAAGCCAAUUGUUUAAUUUAAUUUGUCCACGAUUAACAUUGUCUUGUUUAAUAGGAGAGUGAAAAUUACACAUUUUUUUCUCCAUUGUAUUCCAAUUUCCAACUACAGUGCCGCCUUAUCCUCCCAAAAACCAUAAUGCAGUUUUAACAGAACUGGUUUAUCCAUAUUUUGGUGAUUUAAGUGAAUGGUCGUUGUUCUUAUUCUAUGCAGAAUAUACAAACUAGUAAUUA